GCACUGUGGGUACAGCAAGGCUUUCCAGGAAUCUGAUGAGGAGAAGAUGCAUUAUCAGAAUGGGCAAGUGAAGUUCCCUGAGUCCAAGUUCUAUGUGGACCCACACACAUACGAGGAUCCUUGCCAAGCUGUGCAUGAGUUCACCAGGGAAAUCGAGGCCUCCCGGAUCAAGAUCGAGAAGGUCAUUGGGUCUGGGGAGUCUGGAGAGGUGUGCUACGGGCGCCUGAAGCUGCCAGGGAAGAGGGAGAUCCCCGUGGCCAUCAAGGCCCUGAAGGCAGGCUACACAGAGAAACAGAGACGCGACUUCCUGAGCGAGGCCAGCAUCAUGGCACAGUUCGACCACCCCAACGUCAUCCACCUGGAGGGGGUGGUCACCAGGAGCAAAUUGGUAAUGAUUGUUACAGAAUACAUGGAGAACGGCUCACUAGACACCUUCCUCAGGAGGCACGAUGGGCAGUUCACCAUCAUCCAGCUGGUGGGAAUGCUGCGUGGCAUUGGAGCAGGCAUGAGGUACCUGUCUGACCUGGGCUAUGUGCACAGGGACCUGGCAGCACGCAACAUCCUGGUCAACAGCAACCUGGUCUGCAAGGUGUCCGACUUCGGCCUCUCCCGCAUCCUGGAGGAUGACCCCGACGCUGCCUACACCACCACGGGGGGGAAGAUCCCGAUCCGUUGGACAGCUCCAGAGGCCAUUGCCUACCGCAAGUUCUCCUCGGCCAGCGACGUGUGGAGCUAUGGCAUCGUCAUGUGGGAGGUGUUGGCCUACGGAGAGAGACCCUACUGGAACAUGACCAACCGGGACGUGAUUAACUCUGUGGAGGAGGGUUACCGCCUGCCUGCCCCCAUGGGCUGCCCCAGCACCCUGCACCAGCUGAUGCUGGACUGCUGGCAGAAGGAGCGUGGUGAGAGGCCACGCUUCUCCCAGAUCGUGGCCAUCCUGGACAAGCUGAUCCGAAACCCUGACAACCUCAAGUGCACAGCCACUGUCAAUAGGUUCACCCAAACACGCUUGGACAGAGGUCUGCUGGACCUGAGCAGCUGCCUGACUGUGGAGGACUGGUUGGAUUCCAUUCGGCUCGGGCACUACCGCGACAACUUCGCCAUGGCUGGGUACUCCUCCCUCGGCAUGGUCAUGCGCAUGAACAUCGAGGACGUUCGGAGUCUGGGCAUCACCAUGAUGGGCCACCAGAAGAAGAUCUUGAGCAGCAUCCAGGCCAUGAGAUCCCAACUGCUGAACACAAACGGCCCCAGGAGGCAUCUCUGA